AUGGGUAUUAAUGAAGUUGCAUUAGGGCUUGGAUACACUUUAGGGCCAGCAAUAGGAAGUGCUUUGUAUGAAGUCGGUGGAUAUGUUUUGCCGUUAUUUGUUGUUGGAUCUGCGCAGUUGUUGCUUGUUUUGGGAGUUCUACCAUUCUAUCGAGGCCUUUUAUCUGAGGGCUCAGAAACCCUAAAUAUCAAACAACAAGAAGAAAAAUCUCCAGGCAUAGUAAAAAUGAUUUUAAUCCCUGAUGUCUUCAUGGCAAUGCUUUCUUCAUUUGUCAUUUGUAUUGCUUGGGUGUUUUACGAACCUGCAAUAACAGAACAUCUUUCCACAUUCAAAGGAAGGCCUUCCGUCAUGGUUGGGAUUAUGAUGAUGAUAUUAGCGUGUUUCUAUUUAAUUUCAUCGCCAAUAUGGGGCUGGGUAUUUGAUCGUUAUAUUGUGCAACGCUUUUCACCUUCGCUUGUCAGAUUUAUUGGAGGAGCAUUAAUUGCUAUUUCUCCUAUAUUAAUGGGUCCAGUACCGUUUUUGGGAUUGGAAAAGAAUUUAAUUCUGAUUGGAAUCUCAUUUGCAAUUCUUGGAAUAGCCUGCGCUAUACUUUAUGUUCCUGUAUUUAAAUGGUGUUUGGAUGCUGUGAAAAAUGAAGGAUAUUCAGAAAAAUCCUCAACUACUUGCGGCCAAAUUUCAGGGUUUUUUCUUUCAUCCUUAGCACUUGGUUCGUUUAUUGGCACAGCUGUAGGUGGUUUAAGUGCUGAACAUUUAGGAUUUGAGUGGACAGCUACUGCUGUAGCUGGUAUACAAAUAAUUAAUGUAGGUGUUUUUAAGGAAUGA